AAGUCUAUUGGACCCCUGUCAAAAUGAUUCAAAGGAGCGGGGCGUGUUUAGGCCAUAGAGUUCCCUUGCAACUGUGCUGUCACUCAAACCAUGGCUGACUUAUAAUUGGCUAGUUAUGGUGCAAUGCCCCGCCCCUUCUGGCUGGCAGUGAUGUAGAAAUGAUACCGUGGGAAAGCUUGGUCCUUCAAACGGAUGAGCUCUACGCAUAGCUGACAGACGCACUGAGAGUCGGAGAAUUGAAAGACUUGGACCAUACUGUACUGUACUCUGAACGAAGGAAACACAACAGCGGAUAAAAAUGAAAAGGAAUCACGAUUUUAGCUCCUCGGACAGCGAGCUGGACGAGAACAUUGAGGUUGAGAAGGAGAGUGCCGAUGAAAAUGGGAACAUGAGUUCUCCCCUUGGGCCGAUGUCUCCAUCAACAAAAACUCAAGUGAAUGCGAGGAAGCGCCGUCGAGGAAUAAUUGAAAAACGUCGCCGUGACAGAAUCAACAACAGCCUCACCGAGCUACGUAGACUGGUCCCUAGCGCGUUCGAGAAGCAGGGUUCAGCUAAACUGGAGAAAGCAGAGAUUCUGCAGAUGACGGUGGAUCAUCUGAAGAUGCUUCAUGCUGCUGGAGGAAAAGGUUACUUUGACGCCCAUGCCCUGGCCUCGGACUACCGGGGUCUGGGUUUCAGGGAGUGUCUGGCUGAGACGGCCCGCUACCUGAGCAUUAUGGAAGGCCUGGACAGCACUGACCCCCUGCGGAUCCGCCUGGUCUCCCACCUGAACAGCUACGCCUCCCAGAGAGAGGCCCACUCCGUCUCUGUGUCCGGGCUGGGCCACCUGGCAUGGGGCUCGGCCUUCGGGUCGCCCCCCUCCGCCCACCUGGCCCACCACCUCCUCCUCCAGCAGCACCAUCAACACCAGCAGGGGGCGACGUUACCGUUACCACGCAGCGCCUCCAACAGCCCUCCGUCAUCCUCCUCUUCUACUCCUUCUUCUUCAUCCUCCUCUUCUUCCUCCUCUCCGAUAGAGAGAGAGCCUCGCUCCUCGCCCCAUGGCCAUGCUCCCAGCAGGCUUAGCGGUGCAACCCCCCUCUCCGAGCACAGUCACACCCAGGGGGGUCCUCUCCGUGUCCCCCCCAACGCUGCCCCCCUCCCCCCGGGGCUGAACCUCACCGUGACCUCCACAGCUGCCGCUGCAGCCGCUGCGGCCUCCAAGCUCUCCCCUCCCCUCUCCCUGUCUUCACUCUCCACCCUGUCAGCGUUCCCCUUCCCCUUCAGUGCCUUCCCCCUGCUGUCCCCCGGCACCCUCAGCCCCCUUGUCCACACCCCCUCCAGCCAAGCCAGCCUGGGGAAGCAGCCCUACCGGCCCUGGGGCAUGGAGAUAGGGGCUUUCUGAACUAUCUUUAACCCCCCUCUACACUGACUAAACUGACCAAGUAGAUGGCUAGAGGGUGCACCAUCACUAUGAACUGAACUGAACUCACCAGCUGAGCUGGACCUUUCCAAGGCCAAGACAAUAUGGUGUUUUUCUAUCUAUCACACCAUAUCCACAUCCUAUAAAGGAGAUAGCUAUAGGAUUACAAUUUUUUCUAUGAUGUUGACAAAAGAGGGAACAAUUAUAAGAGAGCAAAAAAAGUUAUUGUUUUACAAUAUUGAGUUAUCUGUGUGUUGUCUGUUAGUGGGCUUUGCUUCUCCUCCCGUGGUGUGUUCAGCCUGUAAGGGGAAGAUUUCACAGAUGGUCAGGCAGUCAAUCAGUCGCCCAUCAUGUUCUCAGCAAAACUGUCCCCUUUGUUUUCCCAUUGAGGCCUGGACUGUACUGGUAUCUCACAGAGAGAGAGAGGGAGGCAUGGAGAGGGAGGUCUUGGUGGUGCCCUUUUUUAUGGCAUUUUAUGGACUGGAAUAACUAAAACCAGGUGUUUGUUUGACUGUUAAUGUUGGGAACAUACGUGAACAGUCUAAAUAUAAUUUAUCCGGAACCCUCUUGUCUGCCAUUGCUUUGAUUUGCGUCCUCUGUGUGAGUUUCUAUCAUAGCGAAAUCUCUCUGAAGUAAUGUAUUUACAGUCACGAGUGAAGGGUGCGGACAACAAAGAGUUAAUGUCCUUUGGUUUGAUGUCUGCAGAGGUCACAAUACUCUAUAUUUCUGAUUGUUAGCAGAUUGCAGUCAAAAAGUGGUAGCUGUACAAUUGUUUAACAUUAAACAACAUACUUUAAUGGCGAGCUGUCCAGGCAGCUAUUGAGACAUAUGGAAACAAUUGGAAUCGCUGUAAUAAAAAAAAAAGCUUUUUCAAAGAAUUACAAUGUUAGUGGGUCUGAGACUUGUAACAUAAAUUCUUUACACUCCUUUACAUUCAAUUGUAUCAUAUGAUCCACAAAAAGUGGUGGAGGCGUGACACUCUUAUCCAUUAAAACAUAUUUAUUAUGAAUUAAUAAACAAAUUAUGAUAUGAUAUCAUUUUCAACAUAGAUGCCAAAAGGAACAAUCGCUCAAACACACUGCAGUGUCCCUGUACCUCUAUAUAAUCAUUGCUCAGAGAUAUAUAGACUAUAUAUUCCCUAUACAGUCUAAUUGUAGAUUGUUUUUGAGCCCUCCACUCUGACCAUAUCUAUGUGGGUUCUAUGGCAAGUAUGUGACAGUAAUAUCAUCCCCUCUUGUAAGAUGUGUAUUUUUACCAAACCUCAAAAGUGAUUUUGUACAUAUGUGUUUUGUAUAAGAAAGCGCUGACAAAUCAGAUUUCUCAGCUUUAUAAUAAUGAUAUACUGUGUGUAUGUAUGUCCGACUAGAGAUGAGCUGUAUGUAGAGAGAUAGUGCUGGGAAGGCAAGUGUGGUACUCUAUUCCAUCCUUCACUCAUCUAUCUGUGUGACUUAUCUGUAAUAAAAAGCUAUGAGAAAAUGAAAUCAAAUGUUUGCUCCUUCUGUGUCCCAAACUAUGGUGUGAUUGAGACUGUGUGGAGAAAGACACACUUUAGUAAGGAUUUCUGAUAUUCAAAACUCACUCCUCCCUAUUUAUAUCAGUCUAUCUUUAGUUGAUAUGACUGUCUGGAACUGUUGAGUGUCUCUUCCUUAUUUUAAUUAUUAGAUCAAUCUUUCACCAACAUGAUCCAACAUUUCUGAAGUCUGUUUACAUAAAGAAAGAUAUUGUGAGUAACAGUAGUAAUAUCAAUUUUGAUUCCACACUGCUCUCCAUGGGUAACAGUGGUAAUAGUCCCUGCUCCUGUCCCUGUCCCUGUCUGUCCCUGUCUGUCCCUGUCUGUCCCUGUCCCUGUCCCUGUCUG